GCAGGAAGGAGGCGCAGUGCAUACCAAACUGUCUUUAGGACCCAGUGUGACUCCUCCACAGCCUUUGUAGUUUUUGUGGGCAGAUGAGGGAGACUGAGAUGUUCUUCUUGCUUAUCACGAUUCACAUCGAGCUUUUUGUCCAUCUGAGGUGUUAGGGAAGUGGAUGCUGAACAGGACCAGCUCCCACAGCUGCUGGAUUUAUUAUUAUUAUUAUUAUUAUUUUUGUUUUUAAAAGAAAAAGCUUUCGUUUCAUUUCUUUCAUUCUCAUUGUUGUAUUUCUUUUUUUUUUCUUCAAAAAAAAAAAAAAAAAUUGGGGCACUAUGAAAGCCAGUGCAUUUUGGGUGCAUUCCUGCUGCUGGUCGGGACUAUGAUUUAUCAGCUUUGUUCUCAUGACAGACUUGCACUCAUUCCGUCUCAUCAGAGCAGGAGGCAGCGUGGUGAUUCGUCUUUAACUUUCUUGCAUCUUCGACGAUUCCAGCUGCAGCAGGUACUUUCUGCACCUGAGGUGUUGAAGCAGCCAUGUGGAGCAGAGAGAGCGCUUCUCCACUUGUCAUCUGCCUGCUGGCGCUCACAGCUCUGUGGAAAACCAGGUCAGUGAAUGCAGAUGCCACUUCUGAUGCCUUCAAAACCAACAUCACCCUGUUCACACGCAUCCUGGACAGCCUGCUGGAUGGAUAUGACAACCGUCUUCGGCCCGGUCUUGGGGACAGGAUAACCGAGGUGAAGACGAACAUCUACGUCACCAGCUUUGGACCUGUUUCAGACACAGACAUGGAGUACACCAUAGAUGUUUUCUUCCGCCAAAGCUGGAAGGAUGAGAGGUUGAAAUUUCAUGGACCGAUGAAUAUUUUGCCUCUCAACAACCUGAUGGCAAGUAAAAUCUGGACUCCGGACACCUUCUUCCACAAUGGGAAAAAGUCUGUGGCUCACAACAUGACCAUGCCGAACAAACUGUUGAGGAUCAAAGACGAUGGGACUCUGCUGUAUACCAUGAGGUUAACUGUGCAUGCAGAGUGCCCAAUGCAUCUGGAGGAUUUCCCCAUGGACUUUCAUUCCUGUCCACUAAAAUUUGGCAGCUAUGCCUACACAAUCUCAGAAGUGACUUAUGCUUGGACUCGAAAUGCCUCUGACUCUGUGGUGGUGGAAGGAGAAAGCUCUCGUCUGAACCAGUAUGACCUGCUUGGACAAACGGUCGGGCAAGAAACCAUUAAAUCGAGUACAGGUGAAUACACAGUGAUGACAGCUCAUUUUCAUCUCAAGAGGAAGAUUGGCUACUUUGUCAUCCAGACGUACCUCCCAUGCAUCAUGACAGUCAUUCUUUCUCAAGUGUCUUUCUGGCUGAACAGAGAGUCGGUGCCAGCUAGGACUGUGUUUGGUGUAACCACCGUUCUCACGAUGACCACACUGAGUAUAAGUGCAAGGAAUUCCCUUCCCAAAGUUGCCUACGCCACUGCCAUGGACUGGUUCAUCGCUGUCUGCUAUGCCUUUGUCUUCUCUGCUUUGAUUGAGUUUGCCACCGUCAAUUACUUCACUAAGCGCGGCUGGGCUUGGGAUGGAAAGAGUGUUGUGACUGACAAGAAAAAAGAGAGGGCAUCUGUCAUCAAGAAGAAUAACGCCUAUGCUGUAGCAGUAGCCAACUAUGCGCCGAAUGUCACCAAGGACUCCAGCACACUUCCAACCAUUGCCAAAGGUGGAGCUACGGAUCCCAGUAAGGCCAAAGCGGACGGUAAAGCCCAAGAUAGCAAGAAGACGUUCAACAGCGUCAGCAAAAUUGACAGGAUGUCAAGGAUUUUGUUUCCAGUCCUUUUUGGCAGCUUCAACCUCGUCUAUUGGGCCACUUACUUAAACAGAGAACCUGUUAUAAAGGAUAUGGUCCCCUCUAAUUAGAGGCCACUUUAAUGGGUUCUGCUCUGGGGACUAAGAGAUGAACCAAAUACCUCCAGCAACUGUGUACACAUACCUUUGCAGAGUGAAGUCCUGGAUUGCAGUGUGAUCCUCUAUCUCCGCCUGUUUUCUACACCGUCUGCAGCACUUUUGAAAAGUCUGGCUUUUGUAAAUGUGUAUGUAUAUUUAUAUUCAUGGUUUCAUGGUGACAUAUAGUGUGAUUACUUCGAUUAGAUUGCAUAUUUUGUUGAAAGUAUGUUUCCAGUUACAGUACGUGGCCACUGUACAUAUAAUUCAAAUGAAGAGUAAACACAUGAACAUUAAAACACACAUUUUAUUUAAGAUGACCUCUAAAUGUGUUAAAUCUUACUAAAUCUACUAUGCCCAUUCUCUUGAUAUUACAGUAUAUGUUUUUCUUUUGAGUGAAAAGGACUGGUUAUAUCAUAUUUCUUAGUUUCUUUGCCAUGUAAGAGUGGCCAGACUCUUUUUUUCUGUCCAAGCCAAUGCAAAAACGCACUUGUAUAAUAUUGUUACAGUGUAAAAGUUGUUUUAUUAUCUGUGACUGCAGGUGUGGGGCUGCAAUCAAAUCCUGACCUCCAGAAUUUAAAAAGGUUGUUAAAAAAUACAGACGAAGCUGCAAAAUUGUGCAUAGUUUAUUGGUGCCAGUUUAAGUUUGCAGUGAUAUCACUUGGAGUUACAGGAAAAUGUUCAUUAGAAAGACAAAUGACAAAUAAUUUUUUGACCUCUAGACAGCAGGAUAAGACCACUCGAAGAUAACAGAUGCACAGCACUGACAAAGUGUUGUCUUGUAGUUAGAGGAUCUACGCGUCCGCCAUGCACAGAAUAACUUUAUCAUCACAGUGGACUUGUGUUUUUCAAAUCCAGUAUUGCUCUCUUUUAGCUCUGUUUUGGUCUCUACCAACUCCAAUCUUUUGACUUACUUCACCAGCAGCAAAGUUGCUAAGUUGCUAACCAGAAGGUACAAAGAAUUUAUCAGAUGACAAAGAAUAAGAAGAAAAGCAUGAAGGGAAACUUGUUGCUUCACAAGCACACCAAUAAGCUUUAUUCACAAUUAACAUAUUUAUUUAUUUUAGCAAGAUUAAUAGCCAGUUUAUUUCAUAUGUUAAUUACUACCGUAUGGUUUGAAUGUGCACAUCAACAUGUGAAAACUUGUGUAAACCUGUGUUACCAGCUUUUUCUUUGCUUGCCUUUGGUGGUAGUAACUCUGGAGGACAGUGUGGAUUUGUUGGCAGAGCACUGUGGCAGUACUGUGUUUGGCUGUUUACACACACAUUUCAUGAUCCAAUGAGCUGUUUUGAAAUAAUUACAGCUAUUAAAGGGUCUGCAAAUACAAGACUUUUUGGUGCCAAUAUGAACUUCAGUGAAUCAUGUGUGGAUGAAAUUGUUCUGCCAGCAAAGCUUUUGAAUAGUAGGCCUGAAGUGAGAGGAAACAGUAUUUGGGACUUAACUAAUAUUUCUGAUCAUGGAAUUUGUAGUUUCAUGUCAUGUUCUUAUGAAGGGUGAUUGUUGUGUACACUUUGGGACUUAUGAAGCCAUAUACAGUCAUCAUGUAAUCUAUUUCCAUCACCACUCAAAUAACAGGGACAAGCAGUGAUUGUGUAUGAGGCAAAGCAUUGUGAAAACCUACUUUGACACAAUCUCUGGAACAGAUGCUGUAUAUCAUUGAGAAGACAAAUCAUUUUCAGCCCCAUAUCAGUAACCGUAUAUGGUACUCUGUUGUGUUAUUUUUCUCAUAAUGUGAUUUUACUUCUCAUCAAUAUUUUUAACUUAAUUUUAUCCAGUUUGAUUGUUGAAUCAAGCUUUGCAUGAAGCUUAAAUCUAGAAUUUUAUUUUUUACCAAUUCUGUUGUCGGAUAUAUUUAUUUUCAAUUAAAAUUCUCUGCAACAUCCUGAUAGAGUCUUAAACAUUCCAGAUAAAAUGAUUGUUCACGAGGUGUAUGCUUGAUUCAGUGCACAGUUUCUAAUAAAACAUAUAGUUUCACUUCUUUAUAUCCAGUUUGUGCCAUGUUUUUGAAUUAGAGCCUGAUUAACACUAGAUUUUUAAGGAGAGGUCUAUGAUAUAUUGAUCAACAUUUGUUUUUAUAUCCAAACACAUCAU